UUGACUGUUAGAAAACGAUGACUAAUCUGGCUCUUUUCAGGCGCACGGGCGAGCUCUCGCUCGGUACAAAAUUUCACGAGUGCAGGAAGACUCGUGCUGGAAUCGCGGCCCUCAAUUUGACCAAACACGUAUCCGUACCGCCACUACUAAAUUUAGGUCGUAUUAUCCACUUGCGAUUCUCUUGCCGCUAUACUUGUCAGUUGGUCGGUCGGUCGGUCGUUGCGCACUCCGUACUUUACAUCCAUUGUCGGCUUAAUUAGAAGAUUGUCACAAUGACACUAUCGUGAUGUAUGUAAUCGCAGCACGACGCUCCGGUCCUCGCUACCACCGGGCCUCGCCGUGAUCCGUCAAGGUAGUCACAUUCCGGCUUCCGCGAUAGACUCGUCACCUCCUGCGCGUGAUUCAAGCUAAUCACGUACGUUAACCGAUGGUGCCCGACCAACCGAUCGGCCCGGAAAACGAAAACUUUUUUGCCAUUCAACGUUCGAAUCUUCAGCGGUAAUCAUCGCGCGUACUUAAACCGAUGAACCACCAUCAAUUGAUUUCGCAUCGUACAUUCCGCAAUUCUGUAUCACGAGACGCGGCAUCGAUGUCAGCCCUUUCGAUGAUUCGCCGUUACGAUCUACGCGCUGAGAUGAUCUCGAAUAAUUGAACGCAAGAAAUUUAAGGGUGAUUCCGUUCAGGUAGAACAAAGUUUCAACAUCUAUACAAUAGCGUGACCAAUUCGCUACCACUUUUGCAACGUUAAGGAGAACACCAUUAAGGUUGAAUUAAGGCGAUACCUGAUUGAAAUACGUUUCGUUCCUCGAGACCUCGAGAGCGAGAAAGAUACGCCUUUGCGGCGUGCCCUACUCGAAAUUCCGUUGUGCAACAGCAUGACCUCGGAGGGCACCUCGGACGACCUGGGCCUGGCCAACUGGCAGCCAGAAAUGCCCACCGUCCAGGAGAUCAGCAAGUCGAUGCAGAAUUUCAGCAUGCCGGACUACAUCGUGUUCGCCGCGAUGCUGAUCGCGUGCGGCGGCGUCGGCGUUUACUUCGGUUUCGUGAAGAAGUCCUCGGGCGAGGACGAGUACCUGGUCGGCGGCAGAAACAUGAAGACGUUUCCGGUCAGCCUCAGUCUGAUAGCCAGCUUUAUAUCGGGAAUUUCAUUGCUGGGUACGCCAACGGAGAUUUACGUGCACGGCACAAGUUACCUUUUCAUUUGUUGUGCGGUCGUCGCCGUGACCAUCGUCCUGUCCACCGUGUACCUACCGGUUUUCCACGAUCUCAAGCUUACUAGCACUUACGAGUACCUCGAGAAGCGUUUCGAUAAAAAGCUGAGAUUGUUGGGCUCCAUCCUCUUUUCUAUCGGUAUCAUGACUUGGCUUCCAAUUGUCAUCUACGUGCCCGCCUUGGCCUUCAAUCAAGUCACCGGUGUGAACGUGCACAUAGUGACACCCUUCGUGUGCAUCGUUUGCAUAUUCUACACUUGUGUGGGCGGUCUCAAAGCGGUGGUGUGGACGGAUUUCAUUCAGACUUUCAUCAUGUUCGGCUCCAUGUUGUUAAUUAUAAUUAAGGGUACGGCCGACGUCGGUGGAUUAUCCUUGGUGAUUCGGAGAAAUCUGGAAUCCGGAAGGCUGGAAUUUCCUACGACAGACUGGAGUCCUUUAACGAGGCAUACAAUUUGGGCACUCACGAUAGGCGGUUUCAUACAUUGGUUGCAAAUUUCCGCCAUUAAUCAAAAUAUGAUUCAACGGUAUUUGUCGCUCCCUAGUUUACAAUCAGCUAGAAGGGCGCUCUGGUGUUUUAAUGUCGGAGUUGUGAUUUUGGUCAGUAUGUGCGGAUAUGCCGGUCUACUAAUCUACGCCUGGUAUCACGAAUGCGAUCCACUCACGACCAAGCUUGCUCGUGCUAAGGAUCAAUUGCUGCCGCUGUUGGUCAUGAAUGUUCUCGGCGAAUUUCCGGGACUGCCUGGUCUCUUUGUGGCUGGCGUGUUUAGCGCAGCACUUAGUUCGUUGUCGACCGGUUUGAACUCCAUGGCGGCCGUGGUGCUAGAGGACUUCGUCAAAUCUUUUAUCAAGACUCCGUUCACACCGAAAGCCGCUGACAUUUUCAUGAAACUUACGGUCGUUAUUUUAGGAGCGAUCUGCGUUGCUUUGGUUUUCGUCGUCGAGCAAGCAGGCACUCACAUGUUGCAGCUGUCCAUAAGUUUGGGCUCCAUCACUAGCGGGCCGACUUUCGGUAUCUUCAGCAUGGGAAUACUGUUACCAUGGAUUAACGCCAAGGGUGCUCUGGUCGGAGGGGUAGCAGGCUUGAGCUUCAUGGGUUGGCUCGGUCUUUCCGCCGAAGCGGCCAUCUCCAGCGGAAAAAUUACAUUCGAUACGAAACCAGUCACCACGGAAGGCUGCACGUACUCGUUCCCGCAAGUAGAAAACUUGCUGUUGUCUGUACCACCGGAUUCUAUUAUGGAUGAUGCCAGUGGAGACGAACCAUGGGCAUUAUAUCGGCUCAGUUAUCUCUGGUACACUACGACUGGCGCCUUAGUGACUAUUUGCGUUGGUCUUAUCGUGACUUUAGUUACUUCUCAAGAUAUUGAAAAAUUAGAUCCGAUGCUAGUAGCACCUUUCGUGAGGAAAUACUUGAAAUCCUCGAACAAGGAUGUUAAGCCCGAAGAACUUCAUCAAAUUAAGGUGACAAAAUUGGACGAGAAGGUGGCGUCUCCAGCUGUUAAGGAAAAUGAUAAAUUAUUAUUAGAAACAACAUCGACAUGAUGAUAAAAGUAAGCGCUCAAUUUUAGCAUUAAUUUUACUCGCUCAAAUUUAUUUUUCGAAAAAGCAGGGUAGUUUUAUGACUCUUCUGAUUCGUAUAUCAAAGUAAGACUCUUUGAAUUAUAUCAAGGACUGUUUUGUAUAUAUAUGUUUAUAUAUACUAUAAGAUCUCUUAUAGUAUGUUAUAUAUAUUGUAAGAUUUAUUAUAGAAUAUUGUGCGCGCAGAAUGUUUUUACUUAAGCACCCUAUAAUAAAGUAUACGAUUAUCUAAACAUAUAAAUAAAUAUCGCCCUAAAGUGUUG